AUGGCACAUCUUGACACUGCGAAGCGAGGUCAGCUCGGCGCUGCUGCGAAGGAGGUCGAGGGUGAAAAGCAGGAGCAUGCAACCGGCGAUGACUACCUGGGAAAGCUCAGGCACAUUGUGAUGAAUCCAGUCGACGUGGACGAUGUGUACGGCCUUCAGGGGGACGAGCUCGUACCGUUACCGUUUGACGUACCCAAGUGGCACGCCUACCUGGUUGACAUCCUCAGUGGAGUGUACCUGGUGGCGCAGGCAACUGUGGUCAUGUUCAUCGCAAUAUAUGUAAGUCAGGGUGGGUGUGUAUGCAUGUGGGUUGAGAACCAGGAACGCGCGUGGAAGAGCGGCGGCAGCUACACGCGCAGUUGGCUGCCGCUGGUGAAGGCGCUGAUCAUCAUCUACCCCCUCAUCACCCUCAUCAUCCUGGUGUCGUUCACGGUCGACUACACCAUCAGGAAGUUCAUGUAUUUCCGGUUGUUGUCAAUGCGGAUCCUGGUGGACUGGAAAAACUACGAGCCCUGGCGCACUGUGUUCUUCUACUACUUUGUCACGACGUGGGCCAUUAUGAACGCCUGGGCCAUCUACGGAGUGGCCAAGUACUACAACAAGGACGGCAAUGUG